AUGGCGACCGGGCUGGUGUCUCCAUCCCGUGGUGCCGGCUCUCCACUGAGGCCAUCGCGCAUCAACACCACGCUGCGACUCGCGAAGAAGGAAGUGGAGGAGGAGGUGGAGAAGGUGGCCCCAAACGCUCCGGGCGACACGCCAAACGCUCCGGGCGACACCCAAAACACUCCGGGCGACACCCCAAACGCUCCAGCACUCGGGACGAGACUCCAAACACUCCGGGCGACACCCCAAACACUCCGGACGACACCCCAAACACUCCGGGCGACACCCCAAACACUCCGGGCGACACCCCAAACACUCCGGGCGACACCCCCAAACGCCCGGGACACUCCCAGCGUGGGCGACGCUCCGACCCCGGAGGCGCUGAGCCCGGACGACGAACAGCUGCUCGCCAAGCUGGAGGAGCAGAACCGGCUGCUGGAGUCAGACAGCCGCUCGCUGUCAUUCGGUGGCUCGCGCAGGAACAGCGGCUCCUCCCUCGUGUCCUCCUCGUCGGCCUCCAGCGGCCUGGGCCACAUGGACGAGGACGCGUGGUCCGUGUGGGGACACCUGGUCAACGAGUGGGAGGAGGUGUCGCGCAAGCGGGACAAACACGUCAAGGAGCUGGUCCGCAAGGGCAUUCCGCACCACUUCCGUGGCAUCGCGUGGCAGUUGCUGUGCGGCGCCCAGAACGUGCCGGUGAAGCGACAAUACUCGGAGCUGCUGAAGCUGACGUCGCCUUGCCAGCGCCUCAUCCGCAGGGACAUCGCCCGCACAUAUCCCGAGCAUGAGCUCUUCCGGGAGAAGGACAGCAUGGGACAGGAGGUGCUGUUCAAUGUCAUGAAGGCCUACUCCCUGGUGGACCCCGAGGUGGGCUACUGCCAGGGCAGCGCCUUCAUCGUGGGCCUCCUGCUCAUGCAGAUGCCGGAGGAGGACGCCUUCUGCGUGUUCGUUCGCCUCAUGCAAGAGUACCGCCUCCGUGAGCUCUUUAAACCCAGCAUGGCCGAGCUGGGCCUCUGCAUCUACCAGUUUGAGUGCAUGAUACAGGAAAGCCUGCCCGACCUGUACACGCACUUCCAGGCGCAGAGUUUCCACACCACCAUGUACGCCUCCUCCUGGUUCCUCACCAUCUUCCUCACCACCUUCCCGCUGCCCGUCGCGACGCGCAUCUUCGACGUCUUCGUCGCAGAGGGCUUGGAGGUGGUGUUCCGCGUUGGUUUGGCCAUCCUGCAGAGCAACCAGGCCGAGCUGAUGCAGCAGGACAUGGAGGGCAUGCUGCAGCAUUUCCAAAAGGCCAUCCCCCACAUGUUUGACAGCUGCCCCGAGCGUCUGAUGACACAGGCCUUCCAGGUCAAGUACAAUGCCAAGAAGAUGCGCAAGCUGGAGAGGGAGUACAACACACAGCGCAGCAAGGAGAUCCAGGAGCAGGUGGAGAUGAAGCGUCUCCGGACAGAAAACCGUCUCCUCCGACAGAGGGUGGAGAACCUGGAGAAGGAGGCCACAGCCCUGGUAGACAAACUCGUGCAGGGCCAGGUGUGCCGUGCCCAGGAGAACGAGGAGCAGUCCCUCCUGAGGCGGGAGUUGGCCCAGCUGAGGCAUCAAAACCGCGAGGCUGUGGCCCGCUUGCAGGAGGCCGAGGGUAGUGCCACACACCUCCAGGAACAGCUGGAGGUGUCCCGGGGCCUCCGCUGCUCUGAGGAGUUUGUGUUGGGGCUGGAGCAGCAGCUGGCUCGCUCGCAGCUCAGGGAGCAGGCCGUACACACCGCCCUGCAGCACGUCCAGGAGCACAUCAUAGAGAUGGAGCAGAGGCGCUGUGAGCUCCCUGAGGAGGGCUCUGCUCCUCGGCUGCGCUCCUCGCUGCUGACGUCACGCGGGGCCGAGGCGGCCGCCCUGCAGGGCGCCCACGAGCUGCGCCGGCGCCUCGCGGCGCUGCAGCGCAGCUGGGAGGCUUACGUCGCAGCCGGCCCCCACCAUCAGCGCCAGCCCCCCACCACCACCACCACCUCCACCACCACCACCACCUCCACCGCAGCGACGCCGGCCGCGGUGGAGGAUGAGUUGAUGGCGGCACGGAUCGCUGAGACGCGGGCACUGGCCGAGCUGAGCCAGACACGGCACCGUCUCAUCGAGCUGGAGACGCAGAGUCACGUGACGUCCGGUGAGCUGCGCCGGAUGGAGAGGGAUCUGGCGUCGUGCCGCGAGACGGAGCAGCGUUUGGAGGACGAGGGCUCGACGUUGAGGGCGCAGCUCAACCGCACUCACCGGUGCCUCACCGACCACCAGCAUCAGGGCCAGGAGCGUGCCAUGGCAGCUCGCUUCCGUGGCGUGGAGGAGGAGGCCUCUACACUGCAGCUCAGGCAGAGAGUCUGUCAACUAGAGAUGCAGGAGGAGGAGGAGCGUCUGCACGGGGAGCUGCGUGGCCGUGCCGACUCAUCACGCGUCGGCAAACUCACCUCUACCAUCAAGCGGCUACGUGCCGAGGUGAGGAGGCUGAAGGCGAUAUCCCGGGGUGACUCGGGACCAGCCGGGGUCGACAACAACGAGGUGGAUGGAGCAGCAGCAGCAGCAGGAGGAGGAGCAGCGUCCACCAUGUCAUCCUCCUCCUCCUCCUCCUCGUCAUCGUCGUCAUCCCUGGAAGAGGGCUACAGCGGCAGCGCCUUGCCCACCCCUCCGGCCCCUCCACAGUUGACCAGUCCAACCGCCACCCCCGCCGUCACGGCAAUGGUACGGUCCGACUGCCCGGGCUCUGGCUAGGCAGGGGGCGGACCCACACGACACCCCCUCCCCAUGCCUCCCCUCCUCCGCCGUUGUGAGUGGUACAUUCCGCGUUGGGUAGAGCUCCACGUGAUGGUUUGGAGCGUACCACUUGGAUGGGGUGUGGGGGGUGGGGGAGAGCGGUGUUUGCGUGCGUGUCUGUGCCUGUUGUCAGUGUUAUACAUUCCACAGCAGUGGCGUAUCGGGGUAACACAGCACUACAUACCGUGUACGUGUUGGAGCAUACCACUUGAAUACAAGGGGGGGGCAGUUUCAGUGGUACAUUCCAAAGCAGUGGCAUAUUGGGGUCACACAGCACUACAUACCGUGUACGUGUUGGAGCAUACCACUUGAAUACGGGAGGUGGUGGUGGGGGGGGGGUGUGUGUGUGAGAGUGGUACAUUCCAUAGUAGUGGCGAUCUCUUCGCUGAGAGAUUGGACCGUACCACUUGCGCCGGAGGAGGGGGGGUGGUGGCUUUGAGUGGAACUUCUUUCCCUACGGCAUUGGGGCCGCAUUGGGCAAUCAACGUUGUCCUGAGCCACUCAUUUUGGACCGUACCACUUGAAACGGGAGGGGGGGGGGGGGGUGGGAAGGGGUUUCUCAUCGUCUUAAUUAAGGAUGAUUUCAUAACUGCAGUAUUUUUCCUCUCUCUCUCGUUAAUUAAAUCGGGGGAGAGAGUGGAGGUAAUUAAUUAUAAUUAUCGUCGUGGCUGUAACUGUGACCGACGGGUCGAUGUUAACGCUUACGCAAGUGUUCGUUAUAUUUAAGGCUUUUUGUGACAUUUACACAAAUAUUGUUAUUUUUUGGCCGGCGCGCGCAUGCGCGCGCGUUUGUUGGGGGCGUGGCUAACUAAAGCAUGUGACCACGCCCCCUCCCCCACUCACCCAACGGCGUGGCUCCGCCCACAGCCGACGCGGGUCACGUGACGGCGA